AUGGCCAUAGACGCUGAAUUAGACAGUUUAGCAAGGGCUAAAGUUUUCCUACGGGGCAAGGACCCAAAUACAAAUCAGACAGUUGGAGUUUUUGAGAAGAUUGAGUUCUCCGUUGCUAUUAUUCAUUCAGACCUAAAUUAUUUUCUCUGGUACCUUCCUGAUCCAGCCUGCUGUGACUCCACCAUCCCUACAGCUUCCCUUAUUAAAUCUCAACGUGCAAACAUGAUUUACCCUAAUGAUCUUUUUUCUGUUGAGGAUUGCAGACGAGAAUGGGUGGUCUUACAUGUAUUUGGAAUAAUCUACGUUUUGGUGUCACUGUUAUUUGUUUGUGAUUAGUUCUUUGUUCCUUCGCUGGGGGUCGUCAUGGAAAUGUUGGCCAUCUCAGAUGACGUUGUAGGAGCCACCUUCACGAGUGCAGGAAGAUCCAUCCCAUGGUUUUUUGUAAAGUCAGUCCUAAUCCUCUCUGGUUACUAUGACUUAUUUGUGGACAUUGAAUUAGUUACUGGCCACGCAGCUUUUAGAAUGCUGUUUGUGACUGGAACAUGUGCUUUGUUUUCUGGGAAGGUUCUUCCUCUAACCUGCUGGCCACUUUUCAGAGACCUAUCAUUCUACAUGCUCAGUUUCAUCCUACUGAUGCUUUUCUUCUUGGAUAAUGUUGUCAAGUGGUGGGAAAAUGUGAUACUUGUGUCUUUUUUUAUUCUCUACAUCAUUUUUCUGAAAUAUAAUGCUCAAGCUGAACAAAUGCUGAAGAGCCAACUCCAGAAAACCAAAAGAGUGAUGAAAGUUUUAUUUGUGAAGAAAAGUGAAAAGAUGAGCCCUCUUGAGGUGUAUGCUCCUGCAGGUGGGGAUGAUGCACAAGGCCCUGGAGACUGUGAUGGAGAUGGCAUUAAUGAAAACAAUGGUGGCCACAAUGACAAGAAGCUUGUUGAGAGCAAAUUGCUAGAAGGCGCUAAGCCUCUGUCUUUGCACUGGCCUAACACACAGGGAAAAAGCCGCCUCCCCGACACCGCCUACAUCUUCCUGUUUCCAGUCAUCCUCCAUCUGUGGCUCACAGUUCCCGAUGUUCGCAAACAGAAAGCCAGAAAAUACUUUGUGCUAACCUACCUAGUUUCCAUUGUUUGGAUUGGAGUUUUCUUCUACUUUGUGAUGUGGUGGACUCACCAGGUGGAUGAAACAUUUGGUGUCAUGGGUCCAGUGACACUUCUGGGAGCAUUGGUGUCCAGUCCUGAUCUCAUAACUAGUGUAAUAGUGGCCCAUAAAGGCCUGGGAAACAUGGCUGUGUCUAGUAACAUGGGCAGUAACAUCUUCAACAUAAUUGUGAGCCUUCCAAUAGAAUCUCUCCUCUACUCAUUCAUCCAUGGUUUCUCCCCUGUGGCCGUCAGGACCAAAGGCCUCUUCUGUGCCAGUGUUCUCCUCUUCCUCAUGCUCCUCUCUGCUGUCAUCUUCAUUAUAUUAUACAAGUGGAGGAUGAAGAAACUGCUUGGCCUCACCUUGGUCCUUCUCUUCAUUCUUUUUGUGGUCAUGAUGCUGUUUGGUGUCUGUAAUUGCCGUAUGUAAAAUAACCUUGAAAUGUGUUUAUGCAUUUUUCAGCUGCUUCUGUGUAGAACUGAUCCAUGCUUACAUCUACUGGAGUUAAAAAAACAAAAUUCCCUAAAUAUUCAUUCCUGUAUUGUAGCUGUAAGAUACCCCAAGUUUAUGUAGAUGCAGUUUUAACAAACUUUGUGAAAAAGUAAUCGCUCUGUAACCUAAUUGAGGGCAAAUACCAUCAAGUGUUUGUAACUGGCAGUGAGUCUUUUUCAUUGCUGUGGAGGAAUUUUAGCCAACGGUUCUUCGAAGAGUUGCUUUAAUUCAGCCACAUUGAAAAGUCGUUGAUCAUGCUUAGCCUGUUUAACGUCAUGCCACUGCAUUUCAAUUGGGUUUAGGUCCAAAUUUUGACUAGGCCACUCUGAAACCUUCGAACCAUUCCAUGCCAUUCAUAAAUGGACUCACUGGUGUACUUCCAUGCAUUAUCUUGCUGCAUAACUCAAGUGUGCUUGAGGUCACAAACUGAUAAGAUGACGUUUUCAUUCAGAAUUUUCUGGUAAAGACCAGAAUUCAAUUACAGGAAGUCAUCAAGGUCCUGAAGCAGCAGAGCAGAGCUUGAUUCUAUAGGGUGGCAGUAACCAGGUGGACGUGGAAGGUGAAACUGAACAAAAACAAAAGGGUUAUUCACAGUUAAUUCAUGAUUUAACAAAGAGCAGUGAUUACUUUUUCACAUUGAUUCAGCUUGAAUAGCUUUUUCCCCCUCAAUAAAUAAAUGCAUAAUUUGAAAACUGUUUAUUGCAUGUACUCCAGUUACCUUUGUCAGUUCAAAAAUUUUAUGUGAUCUUAAAUAUUUAGGCAUGACAAAAAUUCAAAAACAAAACAAAUGUUGCAUAAGAAGUUCAUUCAUAAAGAAAAUGCUUUUUAAGGGCUGUUUUCUCUUCUUCCUCUGAGAAUAAAAACAGAGGGAUUUAGGGUUUUGUGUAAAUCUACAUUUCGAUUUUCUUAUUUGUCUUUUCAAGGUUUAUAGCACAAAUACCUAAACAAACAUCUCUUAACAACCAAACUGAGAUUUUUACUGAUGUUUUUAAACAAGGUAUAUUUGUAUUUGUGACAUAUACUGAGGAAAAAAAUGUUUAAAUGCCUGGUGUGUUAUUAAUCAUAAAAAUAUAUUUGAUGUUUUUAAUGUUUUGCAGAUAUUGAUUUAAAGAUUAAACAUUUCUUGGGGAGUCUUGAUAAGCUCUUCAUCAAAUGCAAAAAUAGGAAGUCCCUUUGUCUUCCAAAUUAACAUUUAUUUCUACUGUUCUGUAUUUCAUAUAAAUAUUCACAUUUUCACUCAUGUUGUCUGAAACCGGUCUGGACUUAAACUGGGCCAGUUCAUGCUUUCUAUGCAGGUGUUAAGA